GUUUCUGACGGUUGGUCUCGCCUCGGCCGAAGACGGAGAGUAAAAACUUCCUGUAGUUGAAAUGGCGACGUGGGCUCGGUUUGGACUGAGUUUACAAAAACUUUUCAGGCGAUCGUGGUCCCUCAGAAACAUCUCAUUGCAAUGGAGUGUAAGGAGCGGGGUUGUGGGGUGUGUUAUCGCAGGUUUUAUUCGCCAUCACUACGAAGCUCGAUGGACAGUGUUGUAUCCUACCGUGCUAGCCGAGGACACGAAGCGUGAAGAGACCCCAGCUCCCCCAGUCUCAAUGAGGCGCGUGCGAUUUCACCAGUUUGCUUCCGUGACAUAUGAACAGGAGUCAUACAUGACACCCAGAGACUUCCUCUACUCUGUCAUGCUGGAGGGCGUGGACCGUAAACUUCAGAAGAAGCCCUUAACCAAGGCGGAAAUGGAGAAAAUGCUGACGGUGGCUUCGAAAGCGAAGCCAGGAAAUCAUCUGUUUAGAGGAAUCGGAGACAACGGGCUCAUCUCUUACACAGAGUACCUUUUUCUCCUCACCAUCCUCACCAAGCCACACACAGGGUUCCACAUCGCGUUCCAGAUGCUCGAUGUUGAUGGCAACGAGCAGGUGGACAAAAAAGAGUUUGAGAAGCUGAAGAAAGUCCUGGGGAAACGGAAGGUUUCAAAGGAAGAUGCGGCAGAGGUGGUGGCACCAGAGGACAGUGAUGAGCCCUCAACCUCUCUCCAGGCCUUCUUUUUUGGUCGCAGAGGCCAGAACAAAUUACAGUACAGAGAGUUCUACAGGUUCAUGGAGGACCUGCAGGCAGAGGUGCAGGAGAUGGAGUUCCUGCAGUUCUCCAGAGGAAUGGGCUCCAUGCUCCGAGAGGACUUCGCAGACUGGCUCCUCCACUUCACUAAUGAGGAGGACAAUGAGGCCUACCUGGAAAACAUGAGGAGGAGGAUCCCUGCAGGAGAGAGCAUCACCUUUGAGGAGUUCAAAGCCUUCUGCCUCUUCACCAACAACCUGGAUGACUUCGCCUUGUCCAUGAAGAUGAUUGCAGAAUCCAACAGACCCAUCGGAAUGGCUGAGUUCAAGAGGGCAGUGAAGAUCGCCACAGGCCAGGAGCUCUCUGAGAAUGUCCUGGACACUGUGUUCAAACUCUUCGACCUGGACGGUGACAACUGUCUGAGCCAUAUGGAGUUCAUUGGUGUGAUGAAGGACAGAGUCCUUCGGGGCCUCAGGGUUCAAUCUCAGCAGGGUGUGUCUGGUUUCUGGAAGUGUGUGAAGAGGGAGAUGCUGAAAGGAGCUCAGGAGGCGCUCAGCCACCGUGGCAGCCCUUUCUGAAGGGGAGGGGCCAAUUCCAGGAGGACAGCACAUGUAACAUAAGUGGGAGUGGCUAAGUCAAGCAUGGUGAUUUUAAAGCAGAGGUGCCACACAUGCUGCAGUAGUCAGACCUUGAACUCACCAUGGUGGUGUGGAGUCAAAUGACCAUGGCACUCCGUGUCACAUCAGCAAGGUGUGUGUGUGUGUGUGUGUGUGUGUGUGUGUGUGUGUGUGUGUGUGUGUGUGUGUGUGUGUGUGUGUGUGUGUGUGUGUGUGUGUGUGUGUGUGUGUGUGUGUGUCCUGGCGUGGUUAAGUUAACUGGGUGUCAUUCAGAGUGCUAGCGGUUCAUCUGUUUCUGGGGUGUGUACACACAAUGACGAGUACAGAGUGCUUUAUCAUUUACAGCCUUCUGACUGAAAAUCCAAAGGCUCAGAAUCAUUUCAUCCUAAAAUGUUUACAGGGAUCCAGUCAGAUAUUCCAGAAAGAUCUGUUGUGUAGUGUUCGGAUUUCUGUAAUUGUGCCUCUGUCCUGUAACGUAAUAAUGGAGGCACUUUACUUGAAUAUUCAUUAAUAUUAAAAAGCUUUGAGCCUUUAAUUGAUUUAAAUAUUCUGAAACAAAAUUGGUUUUGAUGGGGCACGUCUUUAAAAAGAGAGAAUUUAAAGACUACUGUGUGUGUGUGUGUGUGUGUGUGUGUGUGUGUGUGUGUGUGUGUGUGUGUCUCAGAACAGGGUUGUGGUUUUGUUUACAACAAGCUCCUUUAUUUUAUACUCUUGGGUAAAGCUUUGGUGUUUUAAAGUUCUAUAUAUUAGUGUGGUGCUGUUAAUUCAGACGUCCUGUGGAUUUUCUUUCUAUGCACUUUUAUAUUCUGUGUUGUUUCAGGCCUGUUUUGGCAUUAGGCAGGUAGUUUACAAAAAACCUUAUUAAAAUAUAACAUGAAUGCAAGACCUGAGAUUUCUGGCUGUAUUUCUAGAUCAUAGGAGAUCUCCCUGCCAAUAGGAAUAAUGUGAAGUACUCUGGCAGGGUUUUGUAAUGAUAUAAUGCUUUAAAAAAGGAUUACUUGUAUUAACACAAAUUAAAGUGUUCAGAUGUGACUCACCA